UGGCUUACGUUUUCGAAAGGAGUUUGCUUCUUGUUGAUCUUAAAAGAUAAUGGCUGCGGACUGGUUGGGUAGUUUGGUAUCGAUUAACUGUGGGCCAACGCUGGGAGUUUAUCAAGGAGAGGUUUCAUCUGUGAACCAGUCGAGCCAAACCAUCUCCUUACGACAGCCUUUCCAUAACGGAGUCAAAUGCCCUGUUCCUGAGGUCACAUUCAGUGCCAUUGAUAUACAGGAACUAAAGAUUUUAGAUAUCAGAAAUGGCAAUACUAGGACGACGUCUACUACGGCUACAAAUGCAAACAGCGUGCCCGUUGCAGUCCCAAAGGGUGACCCCAGAUCUGUUGAGAAACUAAACUCACCACAGCAAUGCUCGAAAAGUUACGGAGAGCGACAUCUGGAUCUGCUGGGCCAGCCUAAGGGGUUUCGUCGACGACAUAACUCCUGGUCAUCGAGCAGCCGAGGGGUAAAUCAAGCAACACCAAAAAAGAAUGGGGUGAAGAAUGGUCAGAUGAAACUCCGAGAUGAUGAAUGCUUUGGAGAUGGUGUGGAUGAUGGUCUGGAUACAGACUUUGAUUUUGAAGGGAACCUGGCGCUUUUUGACAAAGCUGCAGUUUUCUCAGAGAUUGACACAACAGAGCGGCGUAACGGUGCAAGGUCACGUGGCACGCCUCAAGAUCAGACGCCCUCUCGGUACCGUCAUGAUGAGAACAUCCUGGAGGGUAAACCUGUUGUUUACAGACAGAUCAUUGUACCUCAACCUGGAGCCAAAGAAUACUGCACUGACUCUGGACUUGUUGUGCCAAGUAUAUCUUAUGAGCUACACAAACGUCUGUUGUCUGCUGCUGAGCGUCACGGUCUCACACUGGAGCGAAGACUUGAGAUGACUGGAGUCUGCGCCAGUCAGAUGGCCCUUACAUUAUUAGGAGGGCCUAACAGAUUCACACCAAAAAAUUUACACCAGCACCCCACGGUGGCGCUGCUGUGUGGACCUCAUGUUCAGGGAGCCCAGGGAAUUAGUUGUGGUCGUCACCUGGCCAACCACGAAGUGGAGGUGAUACUGUUUUUGCCGAACUUUGUCAAGAUGCUCGAUUCUGUGACAAACGAGCUCACGCUCUUCAGCAAAACUGGUGGCAAACAGGUGUCCAGCAUCAAAGACCUUCCCGACACCCCGGUUGAUUUGAUUAUAAACUGUCUGGACUGCCAUGAAAAUACAUUCCUUAUGGACCAGCCUUGGUACCGGGCAUCUGCAGACUGGGCCAACAAGAACAGAGCACCAGUGCUCAGCUUGGAUCCUCCUGUAAGUGGACAGGGCCAUGCAGUUGAGGCAAAGUGGUCCCUUUCACUUUGCCUCCCCCUUCCUUUGGCCGAAGAGGCCGGCAGGGUCUACCUGUGUGACAUAGGUGUUCCUCGCCAUGUGUUCCAGGAAGUUGGGAUCAAGUACCAUUCUCCUUUUGGCUGCAAAUUUGUCAUCCCUUUGCACUCUGCCUGAAUUAACAGAUCAUAUUGUUCACCAUUCUUGACCAUUUGGGUUUUGGCGCCUUGUAUUCUGAGAGUCUACGCUGAUUUUCAGUUCAGUAGCUUCUGAUUCAUUGUUUGGACUGGACUUUACCUUCAUAUUAAAGGACCAAGAUUGUAUACUUUAAUGUUCAGAUAUC